AUGGCAGCCACUGAAUUUGACGCGAUUCCCGCUCUAUCGGUAAUCUCACUGACGGAAGAGCUUGCUCUUGAAACUGGCGAGCUGGACGUGGACGCUUCCGUAACCUCCAACAGAGAGCUCUAUGGCUGGUACAUGUUCGCAGCGGCUGCUGAACCAAUCUUCAGUGCGUGUCUUGCCGUGUUUGGUCCUGUCGUCAUACAGACUCGCGCCGCAAACAUCGCGGUAUCGACAGUUGACUUUAUCACAGCAUGCGACACGAGUGACCCAGACUACUCUUGCGUAGUUCUUGUGGGAUCAACCUACAUGGACCCAACAUCAUUCGCUCUCUUUGCAAAUGUCGUGGCAACCGUUUGCCAACUAUUCUUUUACAUCUCUCUAUCUGCUACUGCCGAUCAUGGCACAUAUCGAAAAAAGUUCCUGGUUAUAUUUUCAAUCAUCGGUGCAAUUACUCAAUUUCUUUGGCUCGCUAUUACAUCCGAUACAUUAUACUGGUUGGGUGCCAUAUAUGGAAUCAUUGGAUCUACCGCCAUGGGGACUGCGUAUAUCUUCUUUUUGUCGUAUCUGCCUAUCUUGACCCGUCAUCAUCCAACCACAUUGGAAGCUAAAGCGUCUGGAAUGUCAUUCAAGGACCUGGUUGCUGUAUCUCAAGCUAUAUCUAACCAAAUAUCAACCUAUGCUGUCAUGUGCGCAGCUGGGACAUCCAUCGCCGUCAUCUUAGUUGGUGCUGGAGUAGCGCUCGCCAUGGAUACAACCAUGUACUCACUCCAAGUCGCAAUCGCCAUAAGUGGUGUGUUUACAGUCGCCUUCUUGAUCCCGUCCUUCAUGAUGCUCAAACAAAGACCGGGACCGCCCAUUCCAAAGGGUGUAAACAUAUACCUGUUUGGAUGGAAGAGGACAUUCCAAACGUUAGCCAAGGCUAGACAGUUGCCUUCCUUGUUUUUCAUGUUGCUCUCGUGGACUACGAUAUCUGAUGCUUUGGGCACUGUUGGCAGUGUGGCUAUCUUGUUUGCCUCAAAAGAACUGCAUCCGUCGCAAACAAUACUGGCAGCCCUCGCAUUGGAAGGUUACGUAUUUGGUGGUUUAGGAGCCUGGUUGUGUUUACAGAUCCAGAAAUUCUUCAACUUAUCUACAUGGACCAUGUUAUUUAUAAUCCAGUUCGGCGCCUUUAUCGUUCCAAUUUGGGGUGCCCUCGGUCUUAUCGAAUCUAGUCCGAUCGGACUACGAUCUCUGCCAGAGUUUUUUGUCGCUUCCGCUUGUCUCAAUGGUCUCCUCGGCGCCUACCAAAGCUACAGCAGGGUCUUGUACUCUGAACUCAUGCCCACAGGCCACGAAUCCGAAUUCUUUGCUCUGCAUGCAAUUACUGAUAAUGGAACAAGCUGGAUUGGUCCGCUUGUCUCUGCAGCGAUAACAGACGCAACACACAACAACCGAUACGCAUUCUUUGUUGUUAUUGUGCUGUUGGUUAUUGGGCAGUGUCUGAUGUGGGGUGUGAGACCGCUCGCUGGAAGACAUCAGGCCCUGGCGUUUACGGAGAGGGAGGCUGAAGCACAGGGGAAGGAUACUUUGAAGGCAUUGCCAAAAAUUGACGAGCAAAGUGAGAAGACCAAGCAGAAGACUGCAACGAUGGUGGUCAGUGAUAGCGACAAGAUUCCUGCGGCAUCGGGAGUCCCGAUGACGGCCGAGAUGGCUCUUGAAAGUGGCGAGCUGGACGUCGACAUCUCCGUAACCUCCAACAGAGAGCUCUAUGGCUGGUACAUUUUCUCUGCUGCUGUUGAACCAUUCUUCAGUGCAUGCAUCGCUGUCUUUGGUCCUGUCGUGAUACAGACUCGCGCUGCAAACAUUGCAGUAUCCACUGUUGACUUUAUAACCCCGUGCAACACGAGCGACCCUAACUACUCAUGCUCUGUCCUCGUCGGAUCAACCUACAUGGAUCCAACAUCAUUCUCUCUCUACGCGACUGUCGUGGCAGUCUUUUGUCAACUAUUCCUGUUCGUGACUCUAUCUGCCACUGCUGAUCAUGGAACAUAUCGAAAGAAGUUCUUGAUCAUAUUCUCAAUCAUCGGAACCAUCUUCCAGUUCGCUUGGCUGACCAUCACAAAGGAUACACUAUACUGGCUGGGUGCGAUAUACGGCAUCCUUGGAUCCAUGGCGAUGGGAUCUGCCUACGUUUUCUUCUUGUCCUAUUUGCCUAUCUUGACCCGUCACCAUCCAAAGACAUUGGAAGCCAAGGCCUCUGGAAUGUCGUUUAACGAAUUGCAUGCUGUAUCCCAAACAGUGUCUAAUCAGCUCUCGACUUAUGCUUUUAUGUCUGCAUACGGAACAUCCGUCCUCGUAAUCGUAAUCGGUGCCGUAAUAGCACUCGCCAUGGGCACAACAAUCUAUUCCCUCCAAGUCGCAAUCGCCAUCGGCGGUGUGUUUACAACCGUCUUGUUGAUUCCUGCCUUUAUGAUGCUCAAACAAAGACCAGGACCACCUAUGCCGAAAGGUGUAAAUCCAUAUACGUUUGGAUGGAAGAAGACAUUCCAGACGCUGUCUAAAGCCAGACAGUUGCCGUCAUUGUUUUUCAUGUUGAUCUCUUGGUUUAUGAUAUCUGAUGCUUUGAACACUAUUGGUGCUUUGGCUAUCUUGUUCGCCUCAAAAGAAUUGCAUCCCUCUCAAACCAUACUGGCAAUCCUCGCAUUGGAAGUUUACGUGUUCGGUGUCAUUGGAGCUUGGUUGUUCUGGCAGAUUCAGAAAUUCUUCAAAUUAUCUACAUGGACCAUGACAGUUAUAGUCCAGUUCUGUGCGUUCAUCGUUCCAGUUUGGGGUGCACUCGGUCUCAUUACAUCUAGUCCUAUUGGAUUACGUGUUUUGCCAGAGUUUAUUGUUGCUUCUGCAUGGCACGGCCUCCUCCUCGGCGCCUACCAAAGCUUCAGCAGAGUCCUGUACUCUGAACUAAUGCCCAUAGGCCACGAAUCCGAAUUCUUUGCACUCUACGAAGUAACAGACAAGGGAUCCAGCUGGAUUGGUCCGCUUGUCUCUGCAGCGUUAACAGACGCAACACACAACAACCGUUACGCAUUCUUGUUUGUAAUUGUGCUGCUGGUUAUUGGGCAGUGUCUGAUGUGGGGUGUGAGACCGCUCGCUGGAAGACAUCAGGCGCUGGAGUUUACAGAGAAGGAGGCUGAGGCUUAUAGUAAGGCUGCUGUGAUGUAA